AUGACCCGAUUCCGGCCUUGCAUCGACCUGCACGCGGGGCAAGUGAAGCAAAUCGUCGGCGGCACACUCAGCACGCAAGAGUCAGACCUGAAGACCAAUCAUGUGUCAUCACACCCAGCAGGGUACUUUGCCCAGCUAUACCGCGAGGCAAAUUUGCUCGGGGCGCAUGUUAUAAUGCUGGGCCCUGGCAACGAGGCCGCCGCCAAAGAAGCACUCGCUGCGUGGCCCGGCCAUCUACAAGUUGGCGGCGGCAUCAACGACACCAACGCCAAAGAGUGGAUCGACGCCGGUGCUGAAAAGGUCAUCAUAACUUCCUUUCUAUUUCCCAACGGCCGCUUCUCGCUGGACCGCUUGAAAUCCGUCCUUUCAUCCCUAGGCAGUGAUACGUCCAGACUCGUCAUCGACCUGAGCUGUAGACGGAAAGGGGAUACUUGGUUCGUCGCCAUGAACAAAUGGCAGACGAUUACUGAGAUGGAGAUAACAAAAGAGAGCAUUUCCAUGCUCGAGCCCUACUGCUCCGAGUUCCUGAUCCACGCCGCCGACAACGAAGGUCUACAACAGGGCAUCGACACGGAUCUCGUUCGCAAGCUGGCCGGAUGGUGUACCAUUCCAGUCACGUACGCCGGUGGCGCCCGGACGGUCGACGACCUCAGCCUCGUCAGACAAUGUAGCGGCGGCAAAGUCGACUUGACUAUCGGUAGCGCGCUGGACGUGUUUGGAGGCAGCGGAGCCAGGUUCGAAGAUUGUGUAAAGUGGAAUGAAGACAAUGCAUGA